GUUCUUCCAACCGAUAAACCGAAAAUUAUCGGAAUUCGAUCCCAUUAUGGGAUAGGUGAGGAAAUAAACGUCACGUGCCUCGCAGGACCUUCUAAACCACCCUCCAAAAUCCAAUGGUACAUCAAUGGAAGAGAGGCACCUUUCGAGUUACUAAAAACUUACUCCUCCAAACGCUACAAAACAGGAUUAUUGAGUAGUCGAGUUGGACUGAAAUUCGUUAUUGAAACAAUUCACUAUUGGGACGGGAAUAUGAGGCUUGGAUGCAUAUCAAUUUUUUCUCAGCUUUAUUAUAUCGGCAGCGAAGAAGUGAUUCUAAGCAAUAAAUCAAGCAAUCUUAAAUAUAAACCAGCACCCGGAUACGGCAGGAAAGGCCCUACAAUUAAUGGCGUGAAAGGGAGAUACCAUAUCGGUGACGUGAUCGAAUUAAAUUGCACUUCAAUAAUGCAUCCCAAACCGCAGUUGCAAUGGAUCAUAAACAAUAAAGUGGCAUCCCCAGAACACGUUAUAAUAUACAAAGUGGAGGAAUCGAACAAGUCGUUGUUAGGUCUACGGUUCCAAAUUUUUCAGCACCAUUUUGUGGAGGACCAAUUACGUAUCAAUUGUACUGCUAAAUUAUCUGUAGUUAAAACUUCGAAAACAGAGCAAAAUAUAUCAGGAAGCAGUCAGUAUACGUCGGGUUUGCAAAUGUCUGACAGCAGAGGAG